AUGUUACAGAAUAGCCUGGAGCUUAAGACAAGCACCCAUUGUUCAGUUCCCUUCUGUCUCUCCCGCCAGAAGCUCCGCCGUAAAAAAUCAUGAGCUUCUCACAAAUUUAACAGAAGCAAAACAAAAACCCAUUCAUCAAAAUCUUCCAUCCUUAAUCCCACCAAAAAACCAAACAGCAAUGUCGGUGGCGUGUGGCAUGGAGUGCGUGGUUGUGUUGGGCUGUAUGCGUUGGGUGUGGCGGCGCUGCACCUACAUCGGCGCCAACGACAGCUCAACCUGGACAUCCGCCUCUCCCGACGAGUUCGACCCAGUUCCCCGUGUCUGCCGCUUAGUCCUCGCCGUCUACGAGGCCGAUCUCCACAACCCCCACUUCAUCCCCACCUGCGGAUUCCGCCCCAACCCCGACUGGGUAGUCAAGCGCGUCACCUACGAGCAAACCGACGGCCAGGCGCCUCCUUACCUCAUCUACGUCGACCACGACCACAAGGAGCUCGUCCUCGCCAUUCGCGGCCUCAAUUUGGUCAAAGAGAGUGACUACAAGCUCUUGCUCGAUAACAAGCUCGGAAUGCAGAUGUUCGACGGUGGAUAUGUCCACCACGGCCUCUUGAAGUCGGCGAUUUGGCUGCUUAACGAAGAGGGCGAGACAUUGAAGCGGCUCUGGCUCGAAAACGGGUCCAAUUACGAUAUGGUGUUUGCGGGUCACUCUUUGGGGUCUGGUGUGGCGGCGCUGCUGACUGUCAUUGUGGUCAACCAUCGGGACCGGCUAGGCGGAGUCCCCCGAAGCAAGGUGAGGUGCUAUGCGCUUGCUCCGGCGCGUUGUAUGUCGUUGAAUUUGGCCGUCAAGUAUGCCGACGUUAUUUACUCGGUUGUUUUGCAGGAUGAUUUCUUGCCAAGAACUGCAACCCCUUUGGAAGAUAUUUUCAAGUCCAUCUUUUGCUUGCCCUGCUUCUUGUUGGUUUGUUUGAGGGAUACUUUCAUACCAGAAGGUAGGAAGCUUAGGGAUCCCAGAAGGCUUUACGCACCUGGUCGGAUGUAUCAUAUUGUUGAGCGCAAAUGUUGCAGAUGUGGGAGGUUUCCUCCAGAGGUCCGAACUGCCAUUCCUGUUGAUGGGAGAUUUGAACAUAUAGUCUUGUCAUGUAAUGCCACAUCUGAUCAUGGAAUUAUCUGGAUAGAAAGGGAAGCGGAGAAGGCUUUAUUAAGAAUGAAGGAAAGUUGUUCUGAGACCGUAACAACUGCCCCAAAAGUACAAAAACUAGAGAGGUUGCGGACCUUUGAAAAAGAACACAAAGAUGCAUUGGAAAGAGCUGUCAGUUUGAAUGUGCCUCAUGCUGUAACGCCCAAUGAGGAAGCCCCCGAAGACCAAAAACUGGAGGAGGCUCCAGAGAUUGGGAAUAAGAGUGAAGACCCUGCCGAUACAAAGUCGAAGUCCACUGGUGGAAGGGCAAGUUGGGAUGAUGUGGUUGAAAAGCUUUUCAAGAAAGAGUCUGGGCAUCUACUGCUAAAAAGAGAUUCAAAUCCCCCGGAAUAGCAAAAUUCUUUUGUUCGUGUAAAGUUUGCUCGAUACAAACCAAGGAGAUGAAGAUACAAGCCAACAGUAAUCUAAGGUUUAAAAAUAGGUGAUCCUCUCCUAUUGCACCGAGGUCCUUUAAGAUAAAGCCCUACACUUGAGAGCCAUUCGGCUUAAUACCACCUAGGGUAUUGGGUUUAGGUGGUUAAUUUGAGACACUAUCGGUGCAUUGCUGGAGUUAGGAGUGGACACUUGUGGACCCGUGACACUUGUUUCUUAGAUUGUGCUUUUCUCUGAGGUUUAGGUUCUUGUGAAUAGUUCAUGGGCACAUUUCCUGCCCGCUUUGGUAUUUGUACAUUUUAUAGGUAAAAGAGUUGUGCAAUAUUACACAUUACUACGGGUCCAUUACCCAUGGGAGAAAAUUUGUCAAUACAAAAAAUACUCAAAACUCCUUGAUAAACUUUAUCUGGUCUUUACA